CACAGUCACACACAUGAAGGAACACAUACACACCUCUUUGGUCUCAUCUCGUUUUCUCUCUCUAGAUUUUCUCUGUUUCUCUCUCUAGAGCCUCCGUGAGGUCGCGCACAGCAAUGGCUGCUGAGGUUAGCGCUCUGAUUCGCGUCAUGGGGGGUGGCUACAAGGAGGAGCAGCAUCGGACGGUGGGGAAUGAAUCACACGGUGAGAAUUCAACGGCCCCGAUUACAAUGGACCUUCUCGGUGGGUCCUCGAUUGAAUCCCAGGAAUUGGACCUCGAUUUGCAGGUUCCUUCUGGCUUCGAAAAGCGCCUCGACCUUCAGUCAGGGAAAGUGUAUCUUCAAAAGUGCAACGCAUUAGGGUCACCACAACCUCUUUCUGAGCACAAACUUAAUGCAAAGGCAUCACUAGGAGGUCCAAAGCUGCAAGACCUAAAUUUCCCAUCUUCACCCUCCAAUGUGCUAUUGAACCUCUUUGAUGAAUCAAGCUUGGACCUGAAAUUGGUGUCAUCUUCAUUGCCCUCAAGCAACUACCAAAGUGUGUGCACCCUUGACAAGGUGAAAUCAGCACUAGAGAGGGCAGAGAAGGAGCCAAUUAGGAAGAGAACAUCAUUUUUGAAGUCACCACUCUCAGCAUCAUCACCCUCAUACUCAUCUUCCUCAUCCUCAAUCAGAGAAACAACCCUAGAAGAAGAAAUUGAGGACAAGAUGGUUGCAUCAUCACCUAUGGCUGCAGGGUGCCCUGGAUGCUUAUCCUAUGUUAUGAUCAUGAAGAAUAAUCCCAAGUGUCCUAGGUGUAACUCCCUUGUUCCUAUUCCCUCCAUGAAGAAACCUAGGAUUGAUCUUAAUAUAUCAAUUUAAGUGGUUGAGGAUAAUUGGUAAUUGGUAAUUGCCUCCAUUUUCAAUAUAAUUUGUUAUUUUUUUUUAAGGUUUUUUGUAAAUGGAAUGAUAGAUAAAUUUAGGUCGUUUAAGGAUAGGAUCAUUUGUUUGGCCAGGGUUUAUGAAUGUAUAUUGAAAAGUCACUGCCGUUUUACUAGGAAAGUUAAUAGAAAAUUCUCAAUUUCUGCAA